AUGACGGAGAAGAGUGUGACCGCAGAUUUGUGGGACAUAUCGGCCACUCUCAAGCUCAUCGAAACUCUCAAGCAAGGCAUCAGAAUCCACAUAUAUUAUUUUUCAUCCAAAUUUUGGACCUAUACCCGGGUCAACCUGUUGGGUCCUUGGACUUGUCGGAUCCAUUGCCACCCCCAGGGCUUUUACUUUCAUAUUUCUCUCCUUUAUUUGGAUGCAGAGGCCAGGUUUGAAGAGAAGAAAUCAAAGUGGAUAGUGACAUUUGGAGAGAUGUUAAUCGACUUUGUGCCUACGGUCUCAGGGGUGUCAUUGGCUGACGCACCUGCAUUUGUGAAGGCACCAGGUGGUGCACCCGCCAAUGUUGCGGUUGCCAUUGCCAAGCUUGGUGGCCAAUCAGCCUUCAUAGGAAAGCUUGGGAACGACGACUUUGGUCACAUGUUGGUGAGAAUCUUGAGAGAGAAUGGGGUUGAAGUGAAGGGUGUACGUUUUGAUGAAGAAGCUAGAACAGCCCUAGCAUUUGUGACUCUUAAGAAAGAUGGACAAAGGGAGUUCACCUUCUAUAGAAACCCAAGUGCUGAUAUGCUACUUAAGGUGUCCGAUUUAGACCUAGACCUCAUUAGAGAGGGAAGGAUCUUUCAUUUUGGCUCAAUAAGUCUCAUCUCUGAACCUUGCCGAUCUGCCCACCUAGCUGCCAUGAAAGCUGCAAAGGAAGCUGGGAUCUUCCUAUCUUAUAAUCCGAAUGUCAGGUUGCAUCUUUGGCCUUCUCCUGAUGCUGCUAGAGAGGGGAUCUUAAGUAUAUGGGAACAAGCAGACUUUAUCAAUGUUAGCGAGGAAGAAGUUGAGUUUCUCACAAAUGGAGACCCACAAAAUGAAGAGGUGGUCAUGGGAUUGUGGCACAAUGACCUCAAAUUGCUUGUAGUAACUGAUGGACCAAAGGGUUGCAGAUAUUUCACUAAGAAUUUCAAAGGGAAAGUGGAUGGUUUUUCAGUGAAGAGUGUGGACACAACAGGGGCUGGUGAUGCCUUUGUAGGGGGUUUCUUGGUUAAGCUCGCCGAUGAUUUCUCUCUCAUUCAGGAUGAAAUUAGAGUGAGAGAUGCUCUUCGAUUUGCAAAUGCCUGCGGCGCGAUUAGCACGACGGCGAAAGGUGCGAUUCCUGCGCUACCGACGAUGUCGCAAGCCCUCAAGCUCGUUGACAAAUCUCAGCCGUCCACAUCCAAUUUCCCUAGAGAUUUGGCAGUUUCCCUAAUUCUUUUGCUUUUAAUUUUUAUUGUUUUAAAAGCAUUUUUCUUUUUUAAGGAAAAAUAGAUUGUUUGUAAAUGACCUGCAAAUAAAUAAGCAGAAUUACUUGGUUAUGUCCAGAAAAUAGAAUGGUAUUUUACAAAAUAAAAUUCAAUUAGAAUGCCACUUGGGCUUGGGGUUGAAUGGUUGAGGUGUUUAU